UUUUUAAGUAUAAAUAUUUAACUUAAUAGAUUUUUGGCAAAAUAUAAAUUACAACAAAUAUUUCCAGUAUCGUAGAAAGUGUCGGUAUCAGUUGACCGUUUGUUUAGUUUGCGAUAAGAACGACGCGAUUGGUGACUGAUCUUACUAGCGACUCUCUGAGAAAUCAGCGUACAGUCGAGUGUAGCGGUAUUGUAAGGCUAAUGUUGAGAGAGAUGACGUCGUCUCUUCGAUAAGUUGUAAUGGGAAACCGGCCGGGUGGGGCUUGCUCAUGAGUGGCGUCCAUCGCUACUCUAGUGUGAAAGUGGCCGUAGACCGGAGUAGAGAGAUCGGGCCCGUCUCAUGUAAGAGACUUUCGGGACCAGUCCUCAAUUCGUAGUGAUGUUCAUCGAGCGACAUUGUGAUGUAUAAAAAAAAAUGUGAAGAUUAUUUGUAAAGUGUUGCGAGAAAUAAAAAUGCUGCACCACGCAGUUACCGCACGACUGGUUCUUCUCCUCGUCCUCGCGCUCUUUCAAGUGUCAAAUGGGAAACCAAUUAUCAUUUCGCCAAACCAAACAGAAAUCGUAAUAAACGAAGGAAGUCUGCUGGAAAUUACAUGCAUCAGUAUCAAACCAAUUAAAUUUGUUUAUCCAGAUAUAAUCGAACGCACGAGUAACGCAUCGGUAAAAGACGAAAUCGAAGAAAAUGGCAUUUUUAAAUACGUCUUCCAACGACCGAACACCGUUUUCAGCGACACAGGCUGGUAUGGCUGCGCCGAUAGUAACGUCGAAAUAUCAAGUUCUCACAAUCAUUUAAAUGACAAUUCCGAGAUCAACUGGUUGUAUGUUUACGUAGAAUCUCCGACCCAUUUCUUCGUUGAGGAAGAUAUGAUCUCACUUACCGCCUAUGUCGGUGACGAUGUCGUUCUUCCAUGUCGAACUACAUCGCCGAAUUUAACGCCCAUCUUGACGAUUCAGAAUACUGACGUGGUGAAAGAAACGUCGUUUGACCCGAAGAUUGGCGUCACCUUAAAAAAUAUAACAGUGAAAGAUAGCGAGUGGUAUCAGUGUAAGAUACAGAAGGACGACAUAGAGCACGAACUCGAUGUCAUAUUGACCGUACAUUUGAAACGAAGCCUACCUACGCCAAUCAUUCUCGACGAGAGCCUACGUCACGUUACACGCGGAAACGAUCUUUCCGUAAACUGUUCCGUGGACAACGUAGACUCGUCUAUGAUAUUCAUACUAGACUGGAUAACACCGAAACACUUGGAGAAUAGUUCGAGAAAAAGUAUUAAAGACUUCAAUGAAAGACACGUAAAUAAUCAUCUAGUUACGAAACAACUGACCAUUCGUAACGUGACAGACAAUGAUGCAGGAGAAUACACGUGCUCCAUUAAGUCGCUUCACGAAACAAAGACAACAUCCAGAAAUAUCACGAUACAUGACCCUGAAAUAAAAUAUAUUAAUCUCACAUCUCAGCAUAGUGACAAUUACUACGAAGGCAAAGAGCGAGAAAACAUUCAAUGGGUCGUUUAUGUCGAUGGCUAUCCGAAACCAACAAUACAAUGGUUUAAUCCAAAUGACGAGGUAAUUACGGAAAGCGAAAAAAGAUUCGACGUAACCACUACCACAACGGUGACCAUUUUGAAAAUACAAUCGUUAAACAUAAAUGACGCUGGCAGUUAUAUACUUGAAGCAAAAAAUGAAUAUGUGAUCAAACGGCUGAAUUUUACACUGGUUGUCAUGGCUAAGCCGGUUGCUUUACUAACGGACAUUGAGGCCUACUAUGCGCCUUACGAAACUGCAGAAUUUCAGUGUAGAAUAAUGGGUUUUCCACGCCCGCUUAUAACGUGGACGUUUUUACAAUGUCCCUAUUACCCUUCUCUUAACGAUUCGCAGACAACAGAGCUGACGGACGUAAUGGAAAGUACAUCAUUCAAGUCUGUAAUCACGUCGGUCGCAAAACUGCCGAUCACCAUGUCCGGAAAAAUAACAUGUCAGGCUUGCAACGAUCUUGACUGCGAUUCUGUGACUGAAAAUAUUUUAGUUUCCGAUGGCCUGGGUGCGUUUGGCAUCAUUGGACCGAACAUGGUAACAGGAGGCGAUGACGUGGAAUUAAUUUGCGCGGCUUCCGUUUACAAUUACACUGAGAAUCUCUCUUGGCAAGAUCGGACUGAGGCUGCAAUUGAAGAAACAGAAAGAAUACAAAUUAUGAGACACAAAACUAACUUCACUUAUCGAUCGACCUUGAAGAUCAACAAUGUGACGAAAUCGGACUCUCAGCUUUACACAUGCAUCGGACAAUGCACAUCUCACAAUUUGGAACUUCUUUCCGAUUACGCAACCUACACACUGAUUGUCAACGAUCCAAAGAAACCGUAUUUUACUGCAACCAACAUGAACCAGUCGAAGACAGAAAUCAAUGUCAGAGAAGAGAAGUACAAAACAAUAAUUUUAAAUUGCUUUGCGCAAGGAAUGCCGAAACCAAACAUCACAUGGUUCAAGAACGAUAAAUUAAUAAAAGAAAAUGAUCAGUAUUUGUUCAAAUAUAAUUUUCAAGAGCUCAAUAUAAAAUACAUCAACGAAAGCGGAAAAUAUUCGUGCCGAGCUUCUAAUCGAGUGGGUUACGUAGAAACUUAUCAAGAGAUAAUAGUGAAAACAUGGCAGGAAUUUGACAUAAUAUUAAGCGCAAUAAUAGCGAUUAUGGCUGUCAUUGUGGUGAUUUUGGUAAUGCUUUUUAUGAUCAAAGUUCGCCGCGAAAAGAUGAUGAGGAAAGCGUUAAUGGAAACUGGUCUUAUGCACUUUGAAGAAGGUGCUCUGGAAUGUUUGAAUCCAGAGUUGACGGUUGACGAUCAGGCGGAGCUGCUGCCUUAUGACAAAAAAUGGGAAUUUCCAAGGGAACGAUUAAAGCUCGGAAAACAAUUGGGUAGUGGAGCGUUCGGGGUGGUCAUGAAAGCGGAAGCGCAAGGAAUAUGUGAAGAAGAAACCGUCACUACUGUCGCGGUAAAAAUGGUUCGCCGAACCACUGAUCCGACGUACGUUCGCGCGUUAGCGAGCGAAUUGAAAAUUAUGGUCCACCUUGGCAAACAUCUCAACGUUGUCAAUCUUCUCGGAGCUUGCACUAAAAACAUUGCCAAACGCGAGUUACUGGUAAUUGUCGAAUAUUGCCGCUUUGGGAAUUUACAUAAUUAUCUAUUGAGACACAGAUCGAAUUUUAUUAAUCAGAUCGAUCCGAAAACUGGAAAACUCGAUCUUACUGUGGGUAUGGACAUGCUGACCAGAUCCGCCAGUGUCAGUAGCAAUAACAGGAUAAAAUAUGCGGCAUUAUCCUUUUCUCGCAGUAGUAGUGCGAACUCGGCCACCGACACGGUGGUUCAUUAUUCCCCGGGCACAGGCCCGGAUUCUCAGGAGAUCAGUUUCUCGCCGGACGGUUGUCUUCUUAGCAACAAUUCGUCUCAACCAGGAUGGCGAUCGAACUAUCGCGGCGACUACAAGGAAUACAAUCUCAAGCCGAUCUGCACUCAGGAUCUAUUGUCUUACGCGUUCCAGGUAGCGCGCGGUAUGGAGUAUCUCAGUCAGAGAAGAGUGCUGCACGGCGAUCUGGCGGCAAGAAAUAUUCUGCUCGCCGAGGACAACGUCGUGAAAAUUUGCGACUUCGGCCUCGCGAAGACCGUGUAUAAAGACGGCAAUUACAAGAAGAAAGGUGACGGGCCGUUGCCCAUAAAGUGGAUGGCCAUCGAGUCGAUCAGAGAUCGAAUCUUCUCGACGGAAACGGACGUGUGGAGUUUUGGAAUUGUACUUUGGGAAUUUUUCACUUUGGCCGAAACUCCAUAUCCAGGGAUGGAGGCCGAAAAACUGUAUCAAAGAUUGAUCGAGGGUUACAGAAUGGAGCAACCGGAGUACGCCCUUCGCAAUGUAUACGACAUAAUGUUGCAAUGCUGGAAGGCGAAGCCUACACUUCGUCCGACUUUUACAGAACUUGUGGACAGCAUUGGUGAUCUCUUGGAAGAAAGUGUGAGAUCGCAUUACAUCACUCUGAACACGCCGUAUAUGGAUAUGAACACAACGAAUCUGGAGGGCAAGAACGACUACCUGACGAUGAUGUCCGCGCCGACUCACGCGGCCCUGUUAUCGCCGAGCCACGAUUACGUAAACUCGCCGUUCUCGGAAAACGCGCCGGACUCGACAUACUUGUGCAUGAGCCCCGGUUGUCAGUCUCUGAACGAGUCCGGAAUAUUUAGUCCCAGACCGCAUCAGGAUCAAACGCGCUUCGAAUUCCCGUCCCCGGUGUCGGAUUCUGAGGACGCUGUCGAGAUAUCCCCCAUGUUGAAGCACGAGGAGGAUCCCUAUCUUAAGCCGAUUAACAUUCACGAGCGAAGAGCGGAGUUCGCUCGGCAGAGACAGACGAUGAAGAACCAGUCGGUCGAGAGACCGAUCGACCGGGAUUCCGGUUAUUGCAACACGCCGCGAAAUCUUCACCUGAUAGAUCUGAACGACGCGGAAGACAAGCAAGCGGAUGAGACAAUAAUAGACACGAAGAAAGAUUACACGCCGUCUAUUAUCAGAACGCAAGACAAUUACGUGAACAUGCCGAAGCAGAAAAGCGAUCUGAGAAACGGCAUGCCGGAUGCCUUCAGCAAUCCUAGCUACGUGAUGAUGAAAGAUAAUCGAGAGAUGGAUCAGACGGUUUAAGUCGCUCAGAAAGUUUUAUCUAUGUGUGUGUUUUUUGUAUAUUUGCAAGUUUCCACCUAAGUGACUUUUUAUACUAACGUGUACUUGUAUAUGUAAUGGAUUAUAAUAUAAUGGAUUCUAAGGCAUAUAAUAGUUCACUUAGUUUAUCGCAAAAUGUCUCUCAAUCAACGUGCCAUGACCAGUAAUAGUGUAUCAAGAAUCCAUCACAGUGA